AUGGCGGAGGGCUCCAAAACCACUUCACACAUUUCGACGAACAGCGACAGAGCCUCCUGCCACAUUCCGUGUUUCUCGCACGCGAGGAUCGCAACGUUUGACGCGAUGACGCUAUGCUCCAGCUUUGCCUUUGAAAUCCCGCUGAGCAGCGACGCAGCUUGUUCCCACUGCCAUCCUUUCGCGCACGCGCUGAUCGCAGCACUGAAGCUGAUGACGUUGGGCUCCAACCUGUUCUCUCGAAUCUCGCUGAAAAGAAGAAGUGACCGCUGCCACUGGUCGUUCGCGCACGCGCUGAUCCCAGCAUUGAAGCUCUAA